AUGUCCAGGCCCCUCGAGAGCUUACCAACUGCCACCAUCCUACUCCGCCAUUCCUCUCGUGCCUUGAACCCUCGCAUUCCUCCUAUUGCCAGGCAGAGCAUCUCCAUACUCCCAUGUCGCAUCGCCAUCAUCUCGCGCAACAAACUCAGAAAAGAGACAUUAACCAAGAACCCCGAUCUACGCCGAUGCGUCGCACACAACAGUCUCCUCCGGCGCUCCAUGGAAGAAGCACACAGCAAUAUCCGCAAGAGCAUGACUUCACUCCGCUUCGAGGAUGAUGAGGAUGACAGUGCGGGCAUGAUCACUCAAAGCCCCAGCGAGAGCCCAUCCUCCAUCAUCCGGAGCACGAUCAACGCCGCUGUGAAAGCUAUGGCGCAUCGUCAUCGGUCAGAAAAUCUUGUCCGGAUGGCUUCCUCUUCCGGGGAACCUGAUGGAACAAAACCUAUGAACAAUUAUCGUCGCUACUACCCUACCAGACUCGUCUCGGGUCGGAGAAAACUGCACCCUCCUGCGGGACAUACAAUACAUGCACGCGUGGCGGCUUGA